AUGGAUUUGGUCCAUUUUCCAAAGGAGUUGCAAAUUCGUACUUCAUCAGAAGAUGCAUUUAUACAGAACUCUAUCCACAAGGAGGUAUUAGAUUCCUUGAUACAACCGAUAACAUGCGUAUUUUCAUUAAUGACACUACUUUCCGAUCAUGUUAUACGAAAUAUGAAGGACUUAGUGGUGGCUCAUUCUAUUGGCGAGCUCGAGGGAGUGUCAUCCAAUGUCGAAAUUGCUAUUACAAAUCUUGGUGUUCUGGCUCUGGUCAAGCAUACGGAACUACCGUUUCCUUUAACGGAUUAA